AUGAGACCUGUGGCUCUGUGUGGGACGGCCCGAGUGGGGUCAGACCGAGUGGGGCCAGCCCGAGUGGGGUCAGCCCGAGUGGGACGGCCCGAGUGGGGUCAGCCCGAGUGGGGUCAGCCCGAGUGGGGUCAGCCCGAGUGGGGCCAGCCCGAGUGGGGCCAGCCCGAGUGGGGCCAGCCCGAGUGGGGUCAGCCCGAGUGGGGUCAGCCCGAGUGGGGCCAGCCCGAGUGGGGCCAGCCCGAGUGGGGUCAGACCGAGUGGGGUCAGCCCGAGUGGGACGGCCCGAGUGGGGUCAGCCCGAGUGGGGUCAGCCCGAGUGGGGUCAGCCCGAGUGGGGUCAGCCCGAGUGGGGUCAGCCCGAGUGGGGCCAGCCCGAGUGGGGCCAGCCCGAUUUCUAUAGUGCUACAACAAGACGGCUUUGGUCCAGCAGCAGUGUCCCAGCGAGCGUUAGUGAUCUACAUCACCGCCAACGCCAACGCCGCCAACGCUGCUGCUGCGCUCUCCGAGCUGGCAGCACGGAGAAACUUGGCCCGACUUUCUCCUCUGCAUUUCCGAAGGCGCUCUCGGUAUUCGCCGGGUGCACAACACAUCCAUCACACGCGGAAUCAAGGACAGUGGCAUCUUGUUGGCUGUCAGCGUACCCCCAUGGUCCCCCCGCCUCCCUACACCGCUGCUUGA